AUGCGGGGCGCAGCCCUCCAGCUCCUGCUCGCGGGGGCCGCGGCCCCGAGGGAGACCCGGGCGGGCCCCCACUCCCUGAGGUGUUUCCACACCGCGAUGUCCCGGCACGGCCUCCGGGAGCCCCGCUUCAUCUCCGUGGGCUCCGUGGACGACACGCAGUUCGGGCGGUUCGACAGCGACUCUCCGGGCCAGAGGGCAGAGCCUCGGGCGCCCUGGGCGGAGCAGCUGGGGCAGGAGGAGCAGGAGGAGUGGGACGAGGAGACGCAGAUGCUAAGGGAGCGCACACUGUGGUCCCGAGCGCAGCUGGACGCCCUGCGCGGCCUCUACAACCAGAGCGAGACCGGCUCUCACACCUUCCAGGAGAUGUCUGGCUGCGACGUGGGGCCCGACGGGCGCCUCUUCCGCGCGUACAGACAGUUCGCCUACGACGGCGCCGAUUACCUGGCCCUGAAAGGGGACCUGAGCUCCUGGACCGCGGCGGACAUGGCCGCUCAGAUAACCCGGCGCAAGUGGGAGGCCCAGGGUGAGGCAGAGAGAUUCAGGAUCUAUUUUGAGGGCAAGUGCUUGUGGUGGCUGCGCACAUGCCUGGAGUCCCGGAAGGAGACUCUGCAGCGCACGGAUCCCCCAAAGACACGCAUGACCCACCACCCCACCUCUGAGUAUGAGGUCACCCUGCGGUGCUGGGCCCUGGACUUCUACCCUGCGGACAUCACCCUGACCUGGCAGCAAGAUGGGGAGGACCUGACCCAGAAGAUGGAGCUGGUGGAGACCAGGCCAGGGGAAGAUGGAACCUUCCAGAAGUGGGCGGCUGUGGUGGUGCCUUCUGGAGAAGAGGAGAGAUACAUGUGUCACGAGCAGCAUGAAGGCCUGCUGGAGCCCCAAGUCCUGAGAUGGGUGCCCCCUCCUCAGUCCUCCAUCCCUACCAUGGACAUCAUUGCUGGCCUGGUUCUCCCUGAAGCUGUGCUCACUGGAGCUUUGGUGGCUGCAGCUGUGAUGUGGAGGAAGAAACUCAGGUCCAGGACUCACUAGAAGUCCACAAAGCAGCUUCUGAGCAGGACUGAAAAAGCAUUGGACCUAAAGAAGAGGAGGAGGAUUAGAAAUAUCUCAUGGUUGGUUUGAGGUAUAAGGAGCUGGGCAGGACCCCGCCCCUCACCCUGGCUCCUAGGAUGUGGUGGCAUCUUCAUCCCUGACAGCUCCCUCCCCCACACCCCAAGGUUCAUCUCCUUUGGAGUCACCUGUAUAUGUACAUAUAUGUAUACGUGUAAUCCCAGCUGCUUCUUGAUUUGUCACCUUUCUGGGGCAUAUAGGUUGUUCCCAUAGCUUGGCUACUGUAAAUAGUGCUGCAGUGGUGACAGGAGUGCAGGUCCCUUCACAGGAAAGUAUUUAUCCUCUGUGAGUAGAUCCUCAGUGUAGAAUUGCUGGGUCCAAUGGCAGAACCACAUUCACUCUUUUAAAAAACCUCAAUCCUGUUUCCAUAAGGGCUGGCUCAGUCUAUAUCCAAACACAAUGCAGGACUGUCCUCUUUUUUCCACAUCCUUGCCAGCACUUGAGUUUCUGGUCUUUUGGAUACGUUCCAUUCUCACAGGUGUGAAGGUUUAAACCAGGGGAUUAUAAAGGCACAAAAUGUGGGCAAAAAGAAAUCCUGUAACACUCAGGCCAACACAAGGCUGUCUCACACUGUGAAAGAAAGAAAAUAAUAAUGAAGAAAUUCAGGUGAAUGACCUGAGUGUUAACAUUAUCAAUGGUCCACUGUAUUCCCAAGAUGUCCUCCUGAAAGCAUCCCCAUCACCUGGUCCCAGCCUCUCUGCCUCAACCCCCACCCCCACUGCAGGCCUCCAGGGUCUCACCUAUAGGGCCUGAGAUACACUUCAGAGCACUGGGACUGUGGCUGCCUGGGGGAGAACACAACAAAACUUGGUCAGAGAUGAGACCACAGGAGGAACUGAUGAGAGUGACUCCCCCAUGGGCUCCAUCUACACUGUCCCCAGGGGCUCAGGAAUCAAACCCUUGACCACACUUACUUGCAGCCUGAGUGUAGCUUCCUCCUUUCCUCCUGUAGGAAGAAGCAUCAUGUGAGACCAAGGAGGAGUCAGGUCAGAGCCUAAAGGAAUAACCUGCCCCCUAGGCUGCUCCCGUCCUGCUCUGCCCGACCU